UUAAUAUUUCUUUGGGUUGUCGGUUAGGAGAAAAGAACUAGAAAAGAAAUCCCCCUUUUGUGCUGGGACGGAGGGGAUGACGGAAUAUUUCUGAUAUUCCGGAAAGUUUCGGAAAACCGGGUUCUUAAAAUCUUGAUUUUCUGGCGAAAAUCGGAGAUCGGAUAGGCAUUUAAAUGUUUUCGGGCAGGGCAUCUUGGCAUUGCUGAUAGAAAAGUGCGGAUUUGAUAUUUUUCUUGUUUCUCUCUGUUGUGGAAAUUGACUUUUCCUUUGUUGCGUUGAGAUUCGACAUAGUAUUAUGUAGGCUUUUUCUUGAUUUAUGCCCUUAUCAAGGUAUAUAAAUAGCUGUUCUUUCCCUCUAAAUAGAUUCAUGAUCAAGUCGGAAAUGCAAACCGGUCAAUGAUGGUCAAUUCUUUUCCACACAAUAGAAAGUCUUUACCAUUGGUCUACCCAUCAGAAUUCAUGAAAUCCUGACAUUUUCCAAACAUCGUAUAGUUUUAGGAUAUACUUACAGAGUUUGAUUAUGGUUAGGUGGGAAAAUAUGUACAAGAGAGAGUGGAUUGGUUAUUGCUUGAAUUAAAUUAGGAUUCGUGCUGGUGUCGUAUUAUAUUGAGUAUGAAAUUUUUGAGUCUUGUUGGUAAUUCUUUCGGGUGUUCUGCUUCUGGUGAACGUUUGGUAUCGGCUGCUAGAGAUGGUGAUCUUCAAGAAGCCAAGGCCCUAUUAGAAUAUAAUCCUCGUCUCGCGAGGUAUUCUACUUUUGGCGUUCGUAAUUCGCCUUUACAUUAUUCUGCGGCUCAGGGCCAUCAUGAGAUUGUUGCUCUUUUGCUCGAGUCUGGAGUUGAUGUUAACCUCAGGAACUAUCGUGGGCAGACUGCCUUGAUGCAAGCAUGCCAAUAUGGGCACUGGGAGGUGGUUCAGAUUCUGAUCCUCUUCAAUGCCAAUAUUCACAGAGCUGAUUAUCUUAAUGGCGGGACUGCACUGCACUUGGCUGCUCUAAAUGGCCAUUUUCGUUGCAUUCGUCUACUUCUUGCAGAUCACAUUCCCAGUAAUCCUAAGUUUUACAGUCACUUGAGGAAAAAAUCACGAAAUAACAAGUCUCUUUUGGAGUUUGAUGAAGGUGCACUCUAUGCAAUAAUCAAUAGACCUGCCGAUGGUGGAGUCACUGCCCUUCACAUGGCUGCAUUAAAUGGACACGUUGAGACUGUUCACCUCCUCCUUGAUCUGGGGGCCUCUGUAUCUUACUCAACUGUGCAAGAUGGGGCUACUAUUGAUUUAAUAGGUGCUGGUAGCACUCCACUCCAUUAUGCUGCAUGUGGUGGUAAUGCACAGUGCUGCCAGCUUUUGAUAGCAAGGGGUGCCAGCCUUACAACAGAAAAUGCGAAUGGAUGGACACCGUUGAUGGUUGCUCGUUCAUGGCAUAGAGAUUGUCUCGAGCACAUCCUUACUCCAGGAUCGUGCGGCGGCGAAAAAAGGCUUAGUCCUUCCCCAUAUUUAUGCCUUCCUCUUAUGAGCAUUGUGGAGAUUGCCAGAGAAUGUGGAUGGAGAAGCAGCGAUUUAGCGUCGACAUGCUUAGAUCCAUGCGUGGUUUGCUUGGAAAAGAAGUGCACAGUUGCUGCAGAAGGCUGUCUUCACGAGUUGUGCACCCACUGCGCAUUGUACCUUUGUUCCACAAACAGCACAUCCACAGUGGGCCCCAGCCCGCCGGGCUCCAUUGCGUGCCCUUUGUGCCGCCAUGGAAUAGUCUCUUUCUUCAAGCUCCUUGAGACCCGGCCAGUAGUCCACGAGAUGGCGAGAAGCGUCAGAUCACUGCCCUUGUGCACGUGCUCGGCUGAGGAAACUCCCGACUUCAACUGUGUACCAUUUGGUUCUUUGCAUAGCCCGAGUCUUUGCUUGGGUUUACGUGAGACGAGUCCGCCAUUGCUCGUCAAGUGUUCAAGAUUGAGCUUCCGGAGGUCCGGCUCACAGAAUGAGGGCCGGAGAUGGUUGUGUUCGUUUACUCAGUCGGUACCGACUGGAAGCAGCUGAUGAACAACUUGAUGGCCUUUUUUUGUUUUGGAUACUAUACCCCAAUAUUAGUUUUGUUUCUUCACACAGGUUGAAUGUAUUUGAUUGGUUGAUAAUGUAAAUAUGUAUGGUGUAUGAAAAUGAUAUAUGUGGGGAGAGUUCUUUCUAUCCAAGUGAAUUUCCUUUUGGCUUAUUUCCAGCCUUUUGUAUUGUACCUACUAAUGGCACUGCUGAUAACCAGGUGUGUCCCAUUGCCUUGUCAUUUUGGUGUCAGAUCAAGAUAUGCAUGGAUUUGUAUUUAAGAUGAGGCUUAUAAAUGGGUU